UAGUCGGCAGCGUUCACUCAACAAUCAGCGCUCGAGCAGGCAACAAACGCAAAGGAGAUAUACCAAUUCAAAUAGAGUAAACGUAUCAUCGAGUUCUGAAACAACAAAUUUGUGAAACCUAACGAGAUUACAAAAGAAAUUCCAGUUGCCACAUAUCUAAAUUAGUUUUGAUUCGCAAAAAAAGCAAAUAAAACGCGAACCUGCGAUUUAAACAUAAUUUAAAGCGCGAAAGUUUGAUUUGCAUAACCAGAAGAAGCGCUUCCAAGGCGAUUAUAUAAUUGCAGUGUUUAUUCAUUGAUUGAACAAAAGCAUAUUCAUCUGCACAAUGACGGGUUACAAGGUGGCUAAUGGCAAUGGCACCACAAAUGGGACCAAUGGAAGCACCAAUGGAAACACCAAUGGACACAAGUCAGCGGAAUACAUAGCCCAGGAGAAUCCCACAAUGUGUUCCCGCGACUGCUGCUCCGGACCAGGUGGCUCCAAUAAAGUCAACGCUUGUACAAACAAGAAAGGAGCCAAAGCCGGGAAUCUCUAUACGGAGAAGAUCAUACCCACUCCACAGAGUCUGCUCGGGAAUGGAAAAAUCCUAUGCGAUCUUACGCCUGAGGAGUUAAGAGCCUUGCGGGUUCUCAACGAAGACACGUAUCCCUAUGAGGUCAUCGAGGAGAUUGCCGAUUUUAUCACCAAGGGCUCCGGAAUGCGCCCCAAGAUCGGCAUAAUUUGCGGUUCUGGGCUGGGUUCUCUGGCCGAUAUCAUUCAGGAUCCGAAGAUCUUUGAGUACGAGAAGAUCCCGAAUUUCCCGGUGUCCACAGUGGAGGGCCAUGCCGGAAGGCUGGUGGUCGGCACACUCGAGGGCGCAACUGUGAUGGCGAUGCAGGGCAGGUUCCACUUCUACGAGGGAUAUCCCUUGGCCAAGUGCUCGAUGCCGGUGCGCGUGAUGAAGCUUUGUGGAGUGGAGUACCUGAUUGCCACGAAUGCAGCGGGCGGCAUUAAUCCGCGUUUCGCGGUGGGCGACAUUAUGCUGAUGCACGACCAUGUCAAUAUGCUGGGAUUCGCUGGCAACUCACCGCUUCAGGGACCCAACGAUCCGCGUUUCGGACCCCGUUUCCCCGCUCUGGUGAACUCCUACAACAAGGACCUAAUCAACAAGGCCAUCGAAAUUGGCAAGGCCAUGGGCAUCGAGUCGAACGUCCAUGUGGGCGUCUAUUCUUGUCUGGGCGGACCCAACUACGAGACCAUUGCCGAACUAAAGGCCCUGCGCAUGAUGGGCGUGGAUGCUGUGGGCAUGUCCACGGUCCACGAGGUCAUCACUGCCCGGCACUGCGACAUGAAGGUGUUCGCCUUCAGCCUCAUCACCAACAAGUGUGCCACCGAGUACAGCGACAAGAAGGACGAGGAGGCCAACCACGAUGAGGUAAUGGCUGUGGCGAAGAACAGGCAGAAGGCCUGCUGCGAACUGGUGGCCCGACUUAUCCGGGAAAUCCACUCGGCAUCCGCUUAGGAACGAGUACAUAGCGUUGGAUUUUAAAUUUAACUGUAGUUAAUUCACUAGACUCGCAUCUAAGACUCACUUGACACGGAUUGUCCCAAAACUUACAGUAUAAGCCUAGGGAAUAGUUAAACUAAAUUGAAAUUAUGUAAAAUAAACUAGAAAUACAAUGCCA